UCCCUCUCUAAGAAGUAUCGCGAGAAUACAGCUAUAUAUAUUCCUGCGGGACCGCUCACGGGUCUUCUUCCUGUAAAAACGAUCACCAAAUGGCGGACGACGCCGGUGGUAGAGGAGGGUUUCGCGGAGGUUUCGGUGAGCGCGGCCGUGGACGGGGCCGUGGACGCGGCAGAGGCCGUGGAAGGGGCCGCGGUGCCCGGGGAGGCAAGUCCGAGGACAAGGAAUGGGUCCCCGUCACCAAGCUGGGCCGUCUGGUUAAGGACAUGAAGAUCAAGACCCUGGAGGAGAUCUACCUGUACUCUCUGCCCAUCAAGGAGUCAGAGAUCAUCGAUUUCUUCCUGGGAUCUGGUCUGAAGGAUGAGGUGCUCAAGAUCAUGCCUGUCCAGAAGCAGACCAGAGCUGGUCAGCGCACCAGGUUCAAGGCCUUUGUUGCCAUUGGUGACUACAACGGCCAUGUUGGUCUGGGAGUGAAGUGCUCCAAAGAGGUGGCCACAGCCAUCCGUGGUGCCAUCAUCCUGGCCAAGCUGUCCAUCGUCCCUGUCAGGAGAGGUUAUUGGGGUAACAAGAUCGGAAAGCCCCACACCGUGCCCUGCAAGGUGACUGGACGUUGUGGCUCUGUCCUGGUGCGUCUCAUCCCUGCCCCCCGUGGUACCGGUAUCGUGUCAGCCCCUGUGCCCAAGAAGCUGCUCAUGAUGGCGGGUAUCGACGAUUGCUACACCUCUGCCAGGGGCUGCACAGCCACCCUCGGCAACUUCGCCAAGGCCACCUUCGAUGCCAUCUCUAAGACUUACAGCUACCUGACCCCUGAUCUGUGGAAGGAGACCGUCUUCACAAAGUCUCCCUACCAGGAGUUCACUGACCAUCUGGCCAAGACUCACACCAGGGUGUCUGUGCAGAGAGAGAGGCAGGCCGCCGCGGCAGCAGCUCCCCCCUCCUAAACGUUUUAUAAAGAGAAUUGUUGAAUAAACGUUCUGAAACA